GUGGUGGUGAACAUGUUGCUAUCACCCUUACAGGUACUUAGCAAAGCUCUCGUCGGUGGGCAGCAUCUCGGAAGAAGAGACCUGCGAGAAGCUGAAGGGCCUGAUCCAGCGCCAGGUCCACAUGUGCAAACGGAACCUGGAAGUCAUGGACUCGGUGCGCCGGGGCGCCCAGCUGGCCAUCGAGGAAUGCCAGUUUCAGUUUCGCAACCGCCGCUGGAACUGCUCUACCUUGGACAGCCUGCCGGUCUUCGGCAAAGUGGUGACUCAAGGGACCCGGGAGGCAGCCUUUGUCUAUGCAAUUUCCUCCGCCGGCGUCGCUUUUGCCGUGACAAGGGCGUGCAGCAGCGGCGAACUCGACAAAUGUGGCUGUGAUCGCACCGUGCACGGGGUUAGUCCUCAAGGCUUCCAGUGGUCCGGCUGUUCCGACAACAUUGCCUAUGGGGUGGCCUUUUCACAGUCGUUCGUCGACGUGAGGGAAAGGAGCAAAGGGGCCUCCUCCAGCCGAGCGCUCAUGAACCUUCAUAACAACGAAGCUGGGAGGAAGGCCAUCCUCAACAACAUGCGGGUGGAGUGCAAAUGCCACGGGGUGUCGGGCUCCUGCGAGGUGAAGACCUGCUGGAAAGCCAUGCCGCCGUUCCGCAAAGUGGGCAACGUCUUGAAGGAGAAAUUCGACGGGGCCACGGAAGUGGAGCAACGCAAGGUGGGCUCCACCAAAGUGCUGGUGCCCAAGAAUUCCCAGUUCAAGCCCCACACGGACGAGGACCUGGUCUACCUGGACUCCAGCCCCGACUUCUGCGACCACGACUUAAAGAACGGCGUGCUGGGCACCAGCGGGCGCCACUGCAACAAGACCUCCAAGGCCAUAGACGGUUGCGAGCUCAUGUGCUGUGGGCGGGGCUUCCACACGGACGAGGUGGAAGUGGUGGAGCGCUGUAGCUGCAAAUUCCACUGGUGCUGCUUUGUCAAGUGUAAACAGUGCCACCGGGUCGUGGAGAUGCACACGUGCCGGUGACAUGGGACACCGGAGUCUCCGUCUGGAGAGGGACACCCCCACCAAGGACCACGCGGGAGAGGGAGACCGGGAAGGAGAUCACGGCCAAAAGAAACAGAUUUUUUUUUAAGAAAGGGAAAAAAAUUAUUUAAAGCUCCCGUCGUGAUCGUGUUAUUAUUAUUAAUUUUUUUCCCUCCCUUCGUUGCUGUCGUCCUUCUUGGUCUGCUUUAUUUAUUGGCCUAACUGGACAUUUUCUGGAUCGGGCCCGUCUCAUUCCGUGGUGUUGUGGUGGCAAAAGGACCUCAAAAGGGAUGCUCAAGUCCUGCCUAACAGUGAAAGCAGGUUCCUGGGACAGCGGUGUGGAAAGCAGUGCCAAUCCCAGAAAGAAAGAAGCUUUUUCAACAAUACAGUAGGAUCUCCAUAUUUGCGGGGGAUUGGUUCUGAGCCCCCUCAUGGAUGCUGAAAAUCCUGGAUCAUAGUGAACACUAUAGAUGGCAUGGCCAAAGGGGGAGGGGGAAUCCAGAUAUAUAUAUUUCACCAUUUAUUUCCAGAAAUGGCCACUAGAAGGAGCCAGAAAUCAUGCUAUACAACAAGAACAUAGCAUGGUCUCUGGCUUCCUCUAGUGGCCAGUUCUGAAAAAUACACGUGAAAAUACAUAUUUCUAGUUUUUUUUUUCUUUUGAUAUCUUUAAUGUUUUCAGACUGUGGAAAAGUGUAAUUGCAGAUAUGAGGAUUCUACUGUAAUAUUAUUCUCAAAUUUUGGUGUAACAGAAGAAGGCAAGCUGUGUAUUCCAGGAAUGGAAUCAGAAAAUGGCAACAGGUGAUAUAUUAAUUGGGUCACCAAAAUGUCGCAAUAGUCAGCUGUGGGGUCAACUGGUGAAGACUCCUCAAGGAUUCCAAAGCUUGCUUUUAUUAAAAUAUCCUGGUG